CUGUUUUUUGUGGUCCAGAGCUGAAGCACGCUGCACCUCCCCAUUUCGCCUUUAAUAAACAUGGCUGAACUGAAAACCAACGCUGAAUUAGAGGACUGAGCCCGUCUGCAGCACCAGCACAGGACUCACACACACUCAAACUGUUGAAUCAAGCGAGAAGACUGAACAUGACAUGAAUGUUUAGAGUGGGGAAACCAAAGCAGCAAAAGUUUGAGUUUGACAGCCGCAAACGAAGAGACCUGAGCGGGACAGACCAGAUCCAGCUGAGAUACUACUGCAUACAUACCAGAGACUAAAAACUACUUUUGAAUUUAUGGAAAUUAUGCAUUUAAAUGCAUCGUCUACUGAAGAAACCCUGGAUUUGAAGGUCUGAAGUAACCAAAAACAAUUUGGCUUAUAUUUUAACAGUUUUAAGACGCUUUUAUAUGGAUUUACAGUUCGCAUUUUUGUCAAAUCGUCCCGUUUAAAUGAUGUUCUCCAAUAAACAAACGAAGCCUACUUUUAAGUCUUAUCUUCCUCCACUUCAGACUGAUUCAAAUAAAAGUCCUCAACUGCCCAUCAAGAAACUAGAAGCAAAACUUCUACCAGGUGAAAUAGUUGUGAACGAGGCGAACUUUGUAAAGAAAUGCAUCAGCACAGAAAGCUGUCAGGAUGACCUCUGGGGGAAACUUGUCUGUACCAACUUCAAGGUUUCCUUCAUUACCCAUAAUUCUUUGCCACGACAGAAAUUCCAGUGCACCCACCGCCUCCUGGGCGAGCAUGAUAUCCCUUUGGCUUGCGUGGAGCAGGUAGUAACAGUGAAUGAUAUUAAGGGGAAGCAGAAGAUUUUAGGAUCCAAUCAGAAACUGAAAUUUAACCCUACUGAGCUUAUCCUCUACUGCAAAGACUUCCGCAUCAUCCGAUUCCGCUUUGAUGAAGCUGGACCCGAGAGUGCUAAAAAGGUUUGUCUGGCCAUUGCUCAUUACUCCCACCCUGCUGACCCUCAGCUACUUUUUGGCUUUGAAUACGUCGGAAAGCGAUACCAUGGAUCAACGGGUGAGACGGUGAAUGGUGUUGACCCUGGCGGUGGGUUCCAGACGCCCCUGUUCGACUGCUCCUCAGACUGGGACAGAGAAAUCAAGCGUACCGGCGCCUCUGAAUGGAGGGUGUGUACCAUAAAUCAAGGCUAUUUCAUCUCGCCCAGUCUCCCAGAGUUCUUUGUGGUUCCAGUAUCUCUAGCAGAUCAGGAUCUGAAGCAGUAUGCCUGCUGCUUUUACUCCCAGCGCAUCCCGUUAUGGUGCUGGAAUCACUCCAGUGGGAGCGCUCUGGUCCGCAUGUCUAACAUCAGUGACCCACUGCAGCAAAGGAAGGUGGAGCAGAGGAUUUCCAGUGCCAUUAUUAAGAGUCACCCCCUGCGCAGUGAUGUCUUCAAGUCGGAUUUGGACAAAAACCUCCCAAACAUCCAGGAUAUUCAGGCUGCUCUUCUGAAACUGAGGCAGAUCUGUGUUAUAGAGCCCUUUGAGGAAUCUGAAGAAAAGUGGCUGUCAUCUUUAGAGAGCUCAAGAUGGAUGGAGUAUGUCAGGACAUUUCUGCGGCAUGCAGUAGACGUAGUCUAUAUGCUGGAAAGCAGACAUGUGUCGGUCAUACUCCUUGAGAAGGAGGAUCGGGACCUGAGUUGUGUGAUUUCCUGUCUGGUGCAGCUGAUGUGUGAUCCUCACUGCAGGAGUCUGCAUGGCUUCCAGGGUCUGAUUCAGAAAGAAUGGGUGAUGGCUGGCCAUCGGUUCCUGGACCGCUGCAACCAUCUGAAGAAGAAUGAUAAAGAGGAGUCUCCUUUGUUCCUGCUGUUUCUGGACUGUGUGUGGCAGCUGUGGAAUCAGUACCCAGCAGCCUUUGAGUUCACUGAGGUGUACCUGACAGUGCUGGGGGACAGUAUGUGGGUCCCUGUCUUCAGCACCUUUCUCUUCAACUGCCCCCGACAAAGAGCAGAGCAUAGCAGGGAUUUUGCGAGCAGUAAGAGUAUUCACCUGGGGCAGGACCAGGCUCUGCGCUUUCCUCCGGUGUGGGACUGGUCCCAACAAUUUAGUCUUAAAGACCAGACUCUUUUUAAUAAUCCCCUGUACGUCGGCAAGAUCGCUACCUGUGUGCAAAACGGCACAGUGAAGACAUUCACACACAGGCGCAGCAAGAAAAACUACAGUUCCACUUUGCGGGGUGUGCCCUCUGCCCUGCGAAACGGAUCGCUCGGACCGAACGACACCCUUACACGCCGGAACUCCCUCAUACUGCGUCUCCGUUCUGAUUUGUCUCAGGUGCGGGAGCAGCAAGAAACUCCCUCGGAGCGCUUCAUUCGGGACUGGUUCUCUCGUCCUGUCGACCUGCAGGGCCUGCUGCUGCCCCAGCUCCUCCCAUCUCACCUCUCUGUCUGGAAGCUCUACUUCCUCCGCUGGGUUCCCGAGGCACAGAUCCCGCAGGGCGGCCCCAUCACCGCCUUCCACAAGCUCUCAGUGCUCACAGACGAGAUUGAAAUGCUCCAGAACCAAUUGAGGCAAUACAAAGGAGCAGGCUUUACUCCCAGCAACCAACACAUGGAGCACAGCAAAAUGUACUUUAAAGUGACUUUGACUCCUCACCAGUCCCCUGCUCCUCCAGAGUACCUCAGCUCCUCGUUCCCCUUCUCUCCUGUGGGUAACCUGUGCCGCCCCGGCAUCACGGGGACUCCUCUUAGCAAGUUCCUCAGUGGAGCCAAGAUCUGGCUCUCUACGGAGACACUGGCUAAUGAGACGAUUUGAGGGCAGACUGCUGGGAUAGGAGGACUAUGAGGUCAGACGAACAUGAAGAUCUAAGGCUUGAAGAUCUUCUCACUUGCAUUUAGUUCUCAUUUUGAAUCUGCAAGCGUGUGGUACCGACAGUUACCUGGACAUUUUUAUUCAGUCUUUUGAGAGUUGUCUGUCGGUGAGGGUUUUUUUGCACAUGAUUAAAUAUAAAGCUCCAAUCGCACAUCUUUCUGACGUAGGAUUGUUUGGAUCUGUUCUACACUGCCUGUAUGGACUUUUCUCCUUGUGUUCAACUGAAAAUACUUGGUGGAUUUUUGUGUGGAGCUUGUGGCAUUAGUAGAAAGGAAGUAGAACUUGUAACAGUUUAUAUUAAGGUUGAAUUUGUUAACAUUAGUUAAUGCAUUAGGUGUCGUGAACUAACAAUAAACCAUUUUAUAGCAUAUAUUAAAGGUUCAUAUGAAUAUUUAUAAUUUAUAUAAUUUAUGUAUUCAUAAUACAUUGGUGAAUGUUAAUUUAUACGUAAAAAUGUGUUAUGGCCUAGUUUCAAUUAGGUUCAUUUAGGGCAUUUAAGUAUCUUUUAUAAACAUGCCUUAGAAAAAGAAAAAAACAUUACUGGUGUGCAUCUUGAGACAAAACAAUGGCACUGACACAUCUUUAAAUAUGUCAGUGGCAUUGUUUUAUCUCAAGUUGCUUGCAGUUAAAACCGCUCAAACGUGUAUUUUAGUCUGGGGCUAGGGUUAAGCCUUGUCUUUGAAACCGGGCGUACAAGUAAAAUUAACAUUAACCAAGAUUAAUAAAUGCUGGGUCUCGAUACUAUUACAUUUAACGACGUUAACGAAUUGAACCUUAUUAUAGUGUUAUCGUAGAACUAUAACUUAAAUUUAAGGUAUAAAAUGUACAUAUAUUUUACUUUUAAUCAUAAAAUAGUUUAAGAUUUCUUGAAACCUUCUGGUAAGGUCUAACUGUAGUUAGCUUUAUUAAAAUCAAUAACCAAAAUUGUGAAACUCGAUAUAGGAAUUGACAGGGUUUAUUAACAUAAACCCUAAUAGCAGGCAAUAACUGUGCACAUAUCGGUGUUUGUCAGGCUGGCUGGAUCCCGGUCUGUCAGACCCUGCCCUUUCUGAAGCACAGCGUGGCUGUUUAAAAGUGAUUGACAGCUGCUCGAGCCAAUCAGCUGGUUGAUUUGACACGUAGUUAAGCAGUCAGUGUCUUAAACAGCAUCUGAGUGUCAGAUAAGACAUUAUAAUUUGAGAAAGUUGUGCACCUGUGAACUUUUGCUUAACUUUGGUCUUUGUUUGAUAUGUAGCCUCUUUAAUUUUAGAGUCUUUUAAUUUUGGUUGGGGACUUUUUUUGUAAAAAGUUUUCAAUUUAUAUAUAUAUAGAUUUUUUUUUUUUUUUGCUAGACUUGGUACUUACCCUUUCUCCCUGAUACCCUUUAACUAAUCUGAAGUAAUGCACAGUAUGUGUGUAGUUUACCACUAAUGGUGUCAAGAGUAUGACAACUGUAUGCUUUAAUGUCACUGUUUGAUUUGUCAAACAACACUGAUAUUUAUUCAGUAAUGCAAAGAAACUGAAACAGGGAUAUUGUACAAAUCCUCUGUGCCUUGUUGUGGGCCCUGAAUUGCAGUGUACCUGCUCCUUUUUCUUUUUCUCUGGAUAUUAAAAAAAUGCUUCAAAAUACAUCACAUUCAGGAGUUUCCUCUUUGGCGUUUAAGUGGAACAAUGCUGACUAAUUCCAAAGCUUUGUGUGGAAGUUGUUCAGAUAUUAGUGGAUGGUCAGUUUUGUCUGUGUGGGGGCUAAAUAAAGGUUUGUAAUUUUAGUUUUUGUUUGUGAGCUCAGGGGAGCCUUGUUUUGAGGCAAUAUGCAAAAUUUGGCUCUUCAGAUUUUCAUGCAAAUAAAAAGAAUUGCCACAUUUGA